GUCGUCAGCGCCAAAAGCGCCAAGAGCCAUGGGGGUUGAAGUUUUUUUACUGUUUGAUUGUUAUUUAGAGUAGGCAACACCGUGGUGGUGGCUGUAUCAAACGUGAUACAAUUAUUGUGCAUUUUUUUUUUAAUUAACUGUUAUAAAUUUAAAGAUAAUAAUUAUUUUUUUUUUUCAUCAAUUUACAUUAAGAGUAUUGUUGUUAUUUAAAAUAUUCUUAUUUAUUUUUAGUUUUUUUUUUUGUUUAUUAUUUUUUAAUGUAAUUUAAAAAUUUUAUGUGUUUAAGUGAAAUUAUUAUUUAUUUAUUUAUGUGAUAUGAAAAAUAAUAAACAAGUUUAAAUAAUUUAAUAAACCAAUUUAUUUGUUUCUAUUGUUUGAAUUGUUUUUUUGUUUUUUGUUUUUUUUUUUUUUAGCUUUUUUUAUUCGCUGUUUUGUUAAUUUGAUUUUUUUUUAAAUGUGAAAAUUUUUCCGGUUGCGGAAAUACAAUAACGAGUGGAAAUUGAGAAAUAAAAGAUUAAAAAUAUAGCCAAUCGUUGAAGCACUGAGAACAAAGACGUUUACACGAGUGAUUGAAAACCAGCAAAAGAAAAAAAAACUCGUUACGAAGAAAUAGUGGAAAAGAAAAAAAACAAAAUUUAAUAAAAAAUAAAAAUGAUUGAGUAUCUAAAAAAGUAGCAGGAAAACUGAUCCAACGAGAAAAGUUUAAAAUAAUAAUAAAUAAAAUAAUAUAGAUUAAAAAUAUAAAAAAUAUAUAAAAAAAAAAUUAUUAUUUUUAAUUUAUUAUAUUCAAAAUGUUGAGCACAAAAAUAUGGCAAUUUUUUUGGAUAUUAUUAAUAUUUAUGGUUUGUAAAAUAUUUGCCCAGACAAUGCAACGUUGUCCAUCACAUUUAUCAAUAAGACCAUGUUCAUGUUCAGUUAAAAAAUUGGGUCUUGAUAUUAUAUGUGAUUUUACUGAUCAUGGACAUAUUAAUAGUGCUAUGACUGCACUUAAAGAACAACAAAAUACUGUUAUAUUUUAUUUAAAACUUCGACAUAAUAAUUUACCAAAAUUACAAGGUUUUAUAUUUCUUGGUUUAGUUGUACAACAUUUAACUAUUCACAAUAGUAGUCUAGCAGCAGUUGAAGAAAGUUCAUUAAGUUCAAUUGGAAAAGGAUUGACUCAACUUGAUUUAUCACAAAAUUCAUUGAGCCUAGUUCCAUCACCAGCAUUGACAAAUUUACAUUCUCUUAUUAUUUUAAAUUUAAAUAGAAAUAAAAUUAAAGAUUUACGUGCUCGUUCAUUUGCUGGUCUUGAUACACUGGAAAUUUUAAAUUUAUAUGAAAAUAAAAUAUCAAAUAUUGAUCCAGAUGCAUUCACUGGUCUUGAUGAUCGUAAAUUGAAACGUUUAAAUUUGGGUGGUAAUUUAUUAACAAGUGUACCAACACCAGCGCUAUCAUCAUUGGAUGUAUUAAAAAAAUUAGAAAUACAAGAAAAUAAAAUAACAAAAAUUCAAGAAGGUGAUUUUGAAGGUUUAAAAAGCCUUGACUCGUUGGUUCUGGCACACAAUCAGAUACGUGAAGUGCCAGCACGAGUAUUUUCACAUAUGACAUUAUUAAAUUCACUGGAGCUUGAUGGAAAUCAGAUAACACAUGUCGAUCCUGAUGCAUUUAUAGGUCUCGAGGAAAAUCUACAGUAUCUAAGACUUGGUGAUAAUAAUCUUCAUACAGUGCCCAGUGAUGCAUUGAGACGACUUCAUCGACUACGUCAUUUAGAUUUGAGAUCGAACAACAUAACAAUAUUACCGGAGGAUGUAUUUACUGGCUAUGGAGAUUCAAUAACAUUUUUAAAUCUUCAAAAAAAUUUAAUCAAAGUAUUGCCACCGUUGGUAUUUGAAAAUUUAAAUUCAUUGUCAUCAUUGAAUUUACAAAAUAACAAAUUGGUACAUAUACCUGAUGAAAUAACAUAUCAGAUUAUUGAUACACUGAGGAUGAUUGAUUUGACAGAUAAUCCUUUACUGUGCACUUGUGAUUUAGCCUGGUUUCCUGGAUGGUUAAAAAGUCUUGAAGACAAAGACGAUGAUUUAAUGGCUAAAAAACGUACAGUUUGUACAAUGUUACCUGAAAAUCGUGAAUAUUCUGUUCAAAAUAUGCCACUGGAACGAAUGGGAUGUGUUGGAAAAAAUGCUGGAAGAAUGACAUCGACAAAUUUUUCAAUAUCAUUUCCAUUAAUGAGUAUUGUUCAAUUUAUUUUUGCUAUUAGUUUUACUUUUGUUCUUUAAAUUGAUAAUUUUAAAUUAACUUUUCAUAUUUAAUUAAUUUUUUGACAAUCGGUAGGCAUUUUAUUUUUUAUUUUAAAUUAUACUUGUUUUCUUUGAUGUUAUGAUUUUUUAUUUUAUUUUUUAAUAUAGUAAAUUAAAGUUCACAUUUUUUUAAUAAUAAGAGUAGAAUAGAAGCAAAUUUCUUGAUCGAUAGCGACGGUCAAGUAAUUUGCUUUAUUAAAAAAUAAAAUAAAAACAUCAUUUUUAAAUAAUAUUUAAAGUGUUAUUAAAUAAUCUAAAUAUUUAACGGUGCAUAUCAAAUUGUUGCCAAGAAUUUAAAGCAUUCUUUUGACAUUGUAUAAUUAGUAUUGUUAAAAUUUAAUUAUAUUUAGUAUUUAAAUUAGAAAUAUUCAUUUUUAAAUAUAUCCGGUUGCUCGGUUUCAUAUACAUAUCAUGCAGACACGUUUCAACUAUUUUUUUAAAAAUUUUCUUUUUUAUCUUUAACAAACUGAAAUGAAAAUAAAAAUUCUCAAGUUUUUUACACGGCUUCUUGAGAAUUUUUCUUUUCAUUUCAUUUAAAUUUUCAUAAUAUUUUUUAAUUAAUUCAAUAACAGUAUUAAAAAAUUUACCAAAGGGUAAAUAAAUGUUUUUUUUUAAAAAACACUAAUCAACUUUUUAUUGAAAUUUAUUAAUGUAAAUUUUGUUUUGACUCACACGUUAAAUUACAUAAUGACAUGAAAUUUAUAAAACGUAAUUCAACAGGAAGUUGACAAUUUUUUAAAAAUUCAUUUAAAUUAUUUGAAUGAUUAUUUAUCUACGUAUUAUUUUUUAUUUAUCACAUCUUUAUAUAAAAAAGAAAAUUUUAAAAGUUGAAAACGUGAAAAGCACUUGAAUUUAUUAAAAGAAAAUUAGCAAAUAUCGUAAAAUAAAAAUUUUAAGAAAUUAUUAGAUAUUUAAAAAUGCACAAAUUAAACUGCACCAUAUCAUGUUGAUAUAUAUAUUUUAAUUAAGCACAUGUUAUUAAAAAAAACAUAGAUUUUAAAUGUUAAUUGAUAAAAAAUAUAAAAUAAUUUCAUGGUGUGAUCAUAGACAACUUGUGUUUUUUUUAAUUUUCUUGUGAUCAAAGAGACCAAUAGAAAAAAAACGAAUAAAAAUUUCAAUCAUAAUUGUGAUUAACAAUGACUACCUCCUCAAAAAUAAAAAAAUAAAAAAUACAUUAGUUUCUGAUAAAUUGACUUUCAAAAUACAUAUAUUUUUAUUUGAAAAAAAAAUUCUUUUAUCUAUCGAUCACAACCAUGAAAAAUGCUAGAUAAUAUUGAUAUUUUUAACAAGUGCCCGGUCGCCUCCGACUUCAUGUUAAUUAACUACUCGAAUUUAAUUGAAGAAAGUAUAAAAAAAUAUUAAUAUUAACUAAUAUACAUAUCAAUUUAUUUGACUAUCAAAAUAGAAAAGCUAUUAUAUACAAGUAUAUAUUUGAAAAAAAAAAAAUAAAAAUACGUUUAGUGUGACAGUAGAAAAAUCUUGACCAUAAAAAUCAUAUACAUAUCUUCAAAAGUACCAAAUGACGAUUGGAAAAAAUUUAAAAAUUAAUAAAACUUGUUAGAUAAAUUAUUAAUAAUAUAAAAAAAAUUUUUUAGAUAAUUUUAUUAGCUGUUAAUAAAGUUGUGUGUGUGUGCUAUUAUGAAAAUUUAUAAAAUAUUUUCGAUUUAUUGUGUGGCUGUAAAAAUAUUUUUAUCAAUACUAUUAAUUUUUUUUUUUUUUUCAAUAUAAAGAAUACGCCAAUGACGAUUUUAUGCUGGCCCUAUUAUUGCAUAAAAUUCGCCUGCGGCAUAUCAAUCAAAUAAUAAUUAUUUCAAAAAAAAAAAAACGUAAAAAAAAAUAUCCAU